AUGGUUAGCUUAGUAAGAUACGUCAAGCCACAACAAUUCGCUUUUGCUUGCUCCGCUGUUAGAUCCAUCUCAUAUACUCGACCCUUAGCCUUCGACAAAGACUACAACAGUGGUGCUCAGGCUGCUUCAGGAGUCAAUUCAGUGCACCAAGAUCAGCACUCAUACAGAUCAUUCGCACAAUACCGUCUGUCGGUCGAGAGACAGGACCCACUGAUCCUGGCCUCCAAGAGAAAGGCCAAGGUGAUCCAGCCAAACAUGGACGGCCUCUCUGAGAAAUUCCGCUUAAUGGCCAAGCAAGUUGCCUACAACACGCCAAACGUGGACAUUGGGUCCUUCUGA